AUGAAUGAAGAUCUAGAGGAUUAAGUAUACCAACCUGCUUCCAGUGAUAAUAACUUUAAAGCAAUGAACCAUCACACCUUUUAAAAUUCGAAUAAAACAUCCUCUAACUACUGGAUAUCAGAAUCACUUUCGAUAAAUGAGAACCAAUCCUCAUCAAAAUAGUCUAAUUUGAUUAAGUAAUUGAGACAAAAAUAAUUCAAUAAAAAGGGUAAGAGUAAAAAGCAAAAAAAGAAAAUGUCAAUUGUCAAUAUCAAAAGCAACUUAAAUUAGAAUUCUUAAGGUUAAUUAUAAGCCACAGUAAUAACGGACUAUUCAAAUAUAAUGGAAAUGACAAAUGAAAAUCUUCUAACUAAUAACAACAUAAGCAAUAUUGAGGGGAACAACAGCAAUAACAUUUUUAGCAAUGACAUUUAUAACAUGACAGUAAAUAACAUUUUUGGAUAAGCCACAACAACAGUUGUCAAUGGAAGAUAGUAAAAAUAUCUUGAAAAACUUGAAAUCAAUGAAUAGGAGGUAAAGAGUAAAUCCCCACAGAUUGUGACUCAAAGAAUGUUUAUGUAUAAUAAAUACCUAAUGGAUGGAGAAAAAUUUGAAGAAGAUGACAUAGAGAGUUAGAAUUAAAAAUCUUUAUCAAUUAGGAAUAGAAUGAAAUAUAGCCAAAUGAAAAACCAAAUUCAAACAUAAGAAUAUGAGUAAAACUUCUAGAAAGAAAACAAGUAAAGUGCUUUUUGCUUGAAGCUCUAUUAAAAUGCUUAAGGAAAAGACAAAGAUAGAAAUGAAAAAUUUUUAUAGCCAAGUAGAAAUUAAAGAAAAUAUAAAAGAGAUAAAGAAUACAAUAUUUAUGGUCUAAACUUAGGUAGCAUGUAAUGUAGGAACGCUUUCUAGAUCAAUUAUCAGAUACUAGGUAAUAGCAUAUUCUACAAGGAUCCAUUAGGCUCAAAUCCUAUAAGUAUCAAUAUGAAUCAGAUGAAGAUGAAUAUUGGAUUUUAGUUUGUUGGAUACGACGAUUUAAGUGCUCUUGAUCUAAUUAUAGAUGUUACCCUCAUUAUCGACAUUUUACUUAGAUUCUUUGUUACUAAAGACAUUACAAAGCGAAUUGCUGUUAUUAUUUUCAAUAACACAAAGAAUUAUGUUCGAUAUCUUAAGAUGGCAAAAUUAGUAAAGAUUGGUGUUUUAUACUAUUUAAUAUUUCAUUGUUUAGCUUUGAUAUGGAUAUUUCUUGAAAGAGAUUAAAUUGGUGAACCAAUCAAAGAUGGCUGGCUUGAAUACUAUUAUCCAAAUGGAAUCAAUUACGAUAAUUAUCACAGAAUAUAUAGGAAAAGUUUUUACUUUAUUGUAGCUACAUUUACAACUGUAGGUUAUGGCGAUAUUUAUGGGACAAAUAAUAGAGAAAUGCUUUUUACCGUUUGUCUAAUCUUAAUUGUUCAACUUCUAUUCUCAUUUUUCCUUUAAGCUUUCAACGUUUAGCUUUUAUCAGAAGACUCUUCUCAGCACUCAAUUCCUGUAUUCAAAUAAGAAAAAAAAGAAAUGGUUGAACUUCUUCUUAUGAAGAUUAGCAAAACAAAAGGAUCAAAGCCAAUUAAAUGA